AUGAGGUUUGCGGGUGUGGUGUGCUGCGCUCCUUCUUUCUUAGAGUCAGCGCUGCAGCAGCAGCAGCAGCAGCAGCAGCAGCAGCAGCAGCAGCAGCAGCAGGAGGAGGAGUUUGAGCAGCAGCAGGAGUUUCCCGUGGGUACAGCUGUGUGUGGGGUUGCUCUGGGGUGUAUAGGCAGCUACGUGCUGGCGGCGCCGCGGUGUAUAGCCACCAUAAACCCUCAGUUUUCUUUUGAGGGUGCAUGCACGCUGCAGCUGGAUUUGGUGCUGCUGCAGCAGCUGCUGCAGCAGCUCGAAGCAGCAGCAAUUCAGGUGUCUUCGCACCUACGUAUAUAUAUACAUGGUGCAGCAGCAGGAGCAGGCCUGCUGCUGGCGCAGUAUUGUGCUGCUCGUGGUGCUGCUGUUGCUGCUGCUUGCCGUUCGCUGCAGCAGCAGCAGCUGCUGCAGCACGUAGGGGUCCAGGAGACUUAUUUGCUGCCUCCUUCUCCUCCCGCCGCUCCUUCUUUCUUAGAGUCAGCGCUGCAGCAGCAGCAGCAGCAGCAGCAGCAGCAGCAGCAGCAGCAGGAGGAGUUUGAGCAGCAGCAGGAGUUUCCCGUGGGCACAGCUGUGUGUGGGGUUGCUCUGGGGUGUAUAGGCAGCUACGUGCUGGCGGCGCCGCGGUGUAUAGCCACCAUAAACCCUCAGUUUUCUUUUGAGGGUGCAUGCACGCUGCAGCUGGAUUUGGUGCUGCUGCAGCAGCUGCUGCAGCAGCUCGAAGCAGCAGCAAUUCAGGUGUCUUCGCACCUACGUAUAUAUAUACAUGGUGCAGCAGCAGGAGCAGGCCUGCUGCUAGCGCAGUAUUGUGCUGCUCGUGGUGCUGCUGUUGCUGCUGCUUGCCGCUCACUGCAGCAGCAGCAGCUGCUGCAGCACGUAGGGGUCCGGGAGACUUAUUUGCUGCCUCCUCCUCCUCCCACCGAGCAGCAGCAGCAGCAGCAGCAGCAGCAGCAGCAGCAGCAGCAGCAGGUGGUGCUGCAGCAAGAAGUAGAUGUUCUGGUGUAUACGCAGCCUGUUGACCCUAGAGAGCUGCCGCUGCAGCAGCUUUGUCUUGGUGGUUUGCUGCUGCAGCUGGGCUUUGAAGAGUUGCUGCUGCAGCAGCUGCUGCAGCAGCAGCGCCCCGAUGCUCACUGCGCCGCAAUCUCUCUCUCAUCCCUGUGGAAGCAGCAGCAGCAGCAAGACAGGCAAACUGCUGCUGCUGCUGCUGUUGCUGCAGCAGCAGACCCAACAGCAGCAGCAGCAGCAGCAGCAGCAGCAGCAGGACCUAGUCUUUCUGAGUGGUGCCGCAAAGCUGCGGGGCUGCUGCAGGAGGAUUGGGCCCCCCAGGCACCUGCUGCUCUGCUGCAUGCAUCGCAGCAAGAUGCAGCAGCAGCAGCAGCAGCAGCAGCAGAAGCAUAUGAGCUGCUGGCGGAUCCACGCCGUGUUGGUGACGUUGUACUCUCCCUAGACAACCUACCACGCACUCUUGCUGCUGCUGCUGCUCCUCCUGCUGCUGCUGCUGCUGCACCUGCUGCUGCUGCACCUGCUGCUGCUGCACCUGCUGCUGCUGCAGCUGUUACUGCUGCUGCAGCCGUCAAGGUGACUCCGCAGCCAACGCAGUGGCAGCAGAAUAUGCAACAGCAGCUGCAGCAGUACGACGAGCAGCAGCAGCAGCAGGCAGAGGAAGAGCAGCAGCAGCAGCAGCAGCAGGAGCUGCAGCAGCUGCAGCAGCAGCUGGAGGAGACCCCCCACUGCAGCAAUAGGCAGCAGCAGCAGCAGCAGAAGCAGCAGCAGCAGCAGCAGCAGCAGCAGCAGCAGUGUUGCUGUCUCUGCUUGCCGCUGGCUGCUAGGCGAAGGGGUGUCGCAUGUGCUGCUGCUGACGCCGCUGCUGCAGCUGCCUGCUGA